GGUGCAUUCCCCUUUGGCCGUGCUGAAUCUGUACUGGGCUUUCAUGUGGGAACCUCGCAACGACGAAAGUCCCCAUGCCAUGGUGUCUCUCCUUUGGAACGAUGAGGUGGAAGGGACUCUGCUGGUGGUGGCCGCAGCGUGUGUCUUCGCCGUGGUGGCCGUGAUCGUGAAGACCGAUCCGUUGCCGGUGCUCUUGGCGACGGAACUCCGAUUUGUGGUGAGCUGGAUAAUCUCCAUAGCCUUCAUGCUCCUCUUCCAGAAGAAGCUCAACCUCCGCUGGCUUGGCCCUCCUGGCAGCCAGAGAUGGCUUAUCCUGAAGGGCGUCUUGCAGGUGUCCUUCAUCACCUGCUGGUGGACUGCGCUGCAAAGGGCACCGGUGGGGAACUGCGUGGCCAUCAUCUACAGCUCUCCAAUUUUGACCUCCGUCUUCUCACGGCUCUUGCUCAAAGAGCCUUUGGGAAGUCAGUUUCCCUUGCAGGUGCUUCUGUCAGUGAUUGGUGUGAUGCUCAUCUUGGGCCUGCCCUUCCACGGUCUCUUGUCGGUGGCCUUCUGGCGCCACUCCUGGUCCUCCAGCGGGGAGGAGUACCACUUUGUCUUCUUGGCGCUGCUCUUCAGUGCUUUGCUGCCACUGGUCACCAAGCAGACUCAGGAAUGCAGCUGGAUUGAGGCGAACCAAGCGCCAUGCUUCCACGAACAAGCUCGGCUUCCACGCAAAAGCACCGCUUCUUUGGCAAGAAGCGGUGCUUCUGACCUCCCGGCACCUGACUACAAACCAUCACUCGAAAUUCAGACGCACAGCCAGACAUUCAGACGUAAGCGAGGGGCGGGUUCUUCCAAACCUAUGCGACAGUCGACCCAUAUGUCAUAUGACUCCGACUUUUUUUGAAGCCGUUUUCUUCGACCCAUAUGACUCCUCUGUGUCUCAACCAGAUACACCAUCGGAUGGCCGUUCUUUCCUCGUUGGCCGAAGCAGGACACCGCACGUUUUGCGACCCGAAGCGGGAGACCGGACCGGGGAGGGGCGGACCAGGCCUGUUGUUCGGAGCAUGGUUUUGGAGGACUGGCGCUGAAGCUUCGCCUGAAGCAUGUUUCGCCUUCGAAUCUGCUCCAGGUGGUGCACGUGACUGCUUUG